AUGAACCUUCUGCCGCUGUUUUUAUUGGUCGCUUUCGCGUUCAGCGCGUGUGCCACCGUGCCCGAGAAGCUGACAAAUGCCAAUGACGCUACCGAACAGACAGUUCUUGAUAAUCAGGCGCAAGCUAAUCCUCAGGAAGAAGAUGGCGAUAAGAAAGUAGCUAAGAGAAGUUACGGCUGGGGCCCUUGGGGUUAUGGAGGAGGGUAUAGUUAUGGAUGGCCUUGGUACGGCUUUGGCCAUGGAUGGUACCCUGGAUGGUACCCCGGAUGGCCUGUCUUCUAUGGUCAUGGUUAUGGUGGAUAUCGUGGCUGGUACAAGGGGUGGUAA